GGCGGGGGAGCGGGCAGGAGAAGACUUAAGUCGGGAGAAGUUUGCGCCCAGCUCACUGCUGGAAGGGAAGGCGCCGGGAAGGACGGCCAGCCCCCCAGGCUCUGGGUGGGCUGCGCCGCGCCGCUUUCGGACCUUCCUGGGUCGGAGAGGUGCUCACGCACCGUCCGCACCGCACCCAGCUGCAGCCGGCCGUCUCCUGCUCAGGAGAUGCCCGCUGGAGCCUGAGUUCCUGAGCCUCUGGAGCCACCACCUGCGAACGCCCUUGGCUUUACUGAGCCACCAUGGAGGACAACUCAGAGAAAAUACUCCAGGUCUUAAAAGACCGUUUUCAAAGGCCCAAAAUGAAGUUCACACUUACACGCUGGUGCUUGACCCUCUUCAUCUUCCUGAAUCGCCCACUUCCGGUUCUUCCUGCCAGUUCAGAUUCCACCUACUCUCCAACGCUGGAGCCGGAGCCAUUUCUCUUCCUUUUAGGAAAACAGAGGCUGUUGCAGGCACAGCACAAAUGCUUUGACCGAAUGCAGAAGUUACCCCCCUACCAAGGAGAAGGUCUGUACUGCAACCGCACCUGGGAUGGCUGGGCCUGCUGGGACGAUACACCCGCCGGAACACUCGCUGAACAGCACUGCCCAGAUUAUUUUCCGGACUUUGAUGUGGAAGAAAAAGUUACAAAGUAUUGUGAGGAAGAUGGGGUUUGGUACAUGCAUCCUGAGAGCAACAUUUCCUGGUCCAACUAUACCAUGUGCAACGCUUUCACCCCUGAGAAAAUGCAGAGCGCGUACAUUCUGUACUACCUGGCUAUUGUGGGUCAUUCGAUGUCGAUGGUCACCUUGGUGAUUUCCCUGGUGAUUUUCAUGCGUGUUAGGAGCCUUAGCUGCCAGCGGGUGACUCUGCAUAAGAACAUGUUUCUGACCUACGUUCUGAACUCUAUCAUCAUCAUCAUCCACCUGGUUGAGGUUGUGCCCAAUGGAGAGCUUGUGAAAAGGGAUCCGCCGAUGUGCAAGAUUCUGCACUUUUUCCACCAGUACAUGAUGUCGUGCAACUAUUUCUGGAUGCUCUGCGAAGGCCUCUACCUGCACACUCUCAUUGUGGUGUCUGUGUUCGCUGAGGGGCAGCGCAUGUGGUGGUACUACCUCCUGGGCUGGGGACUCCCGCUGCUGCCAAGCACUGCUCAUGCUAUUGCUCGGGCUCUGUUAUUCAACGACAACUGCUGGCUGAGUGUGGACACCAACCUGCUUUACAUCAUCCACGGUCCGGUCAUGGGGGCACUGGUGUUGAACUUCUUCUUCCUGCUGAACAUCAUCCGGGUGCUUGUGAAGAAAAUAAAGGAAUCGCAGGAGGACUCGUACAUAUACCUGAAGGCGGUGAGGGCCACCCUGAUCCUGGUGCCCCUUCUGGGGGUCCAGUUCGUCAUCCUUCCCUGGCGACCUUCCCACCCGGUGUUUGGGAAGAUCUACGACUUUGUGAUGCACUCUCUGAUUCACUUCCAGGGAUUCUUCGUGGCCAUCAUCUACUGCUUCUGCAACCAUGAGGUCCAGGCUGCCCUGAAGCGUCAGUGGAACCAGUACCAAGCUCAGCGCUGGAAUGGCCGCCGCCGGGCCCACCGUGCGGCCAACGCCGCGGCCGCCACUGCCGCCGCCGCUGCCGCCCUGGCUGAGGCUCCGCCAAUCUACAUCUGCCACCAGGAGCCACAGAACGAGCCCACCGACAACCUGGGCGAGGAGGGUGCUGAGGUCAUCCCCAUGGAGGGAGGGGAGGUCAUCUCCAUGAAGGGUGCUGAGGUCAUUGCUGUGGAGGGCGCUGCUGAGGUCAUCGCCGUGGAGGGCGCUGCUGAGGUCAUCGCCGUGGAGGGCGCUGCUGAGGUCAUCGCCGUGGAGGGCGCUGCUGAGGUCAUCGCCGUGGAGGGCGCUGCUGAGGUCAUCGCGGUGGAGGGCUCUGCUGAGGUCAUCGCGGUGGAGGGCGCUGCUGAGGUCAUCGCGGUGGAGGGCGCUGCUGAGGUCAUCGCCGUGGAGGGCGCUGCUGAGGUCAUCGCGGUGGAGGGCGCUGCUGAGGUCAUCGCCGUGGAGGGCGCUGCUGAGGUCAUCGCCGUGGAGGGUGCUCCUGAGGUCAUCGCCGUGGGGGGUGCUGCUGAGGUCAUCGCCAUGGAGGGUGCUGAGGUCGUCGCUAUGGAGAUCAUUGAGCAAGAGUCAUCCGCUUGAAAUGUGACGCCAACAGCCUUGUGGUCCCUCAGCCCUCACUUCCUGGGAGCAAGACCGACCCUGCAUCUCAAGUGAUCUCCAUCCUCCCAGGAGCACACAUCUCAUUUGUGAGAAGUAUCAAGUGCAUUUGUCCAUAGUGAAUCCGAAGACAGUUUUACUUGGUACUCUUGCUUCCGGGAGACAGUGGAGGAAUGGAGUCUCCCUCUACAACACCUGUGAACUCUGCAACACCUGUGAAUUCCUGUGAAUACCAUCUUUCAUCCAGGACUGAGAUGUACAAAUGUCAGAGUAAAGUAAGCAAAGUACCUGAGUAAAACACAAGUUGACCUAGUUCAGAUCCAGGGUGCUCCUUGUUAAUCUUGAGCCAUUUCUACCUUCAAAAAAUUCAAGUCACCAUCAAUGGUUUUCUUUUUAACUCGAAACUUUUAAAUUAGGAUACUUUGGUAUUUGGGUAUGGUUCUGAUUUUUUUAUUUCUUUUUUUAAUUUCAAUCAAUUCUGAUGUUAUUCAGAUUUUUUACCAUCCACAGACACACCCACAAUAUAAACCGCACAAAUUACAACUUGACCUCCUCAAAACAAAGUGGCUUUCUAAUGUAGAGAUGACUAAUUUUGUGGGGGAAAAAGAUCUGCAUUUGGCAGGAAGAUACAAGGCUUUGAAUGAAAAAAAAAAAAAAAAAGUCAGUUUUCUAUGUGUUCAUUACUUUACUAAUACUGUGUGCUCAGCUUGGUCUUGGGCAGGUCCUGACUUCUGUAAGAAGGAAUUGGCUUUUAUGUUGAAUGUGCUUUGGUUACUAACAUUUAUAAAUUGGGAGGUCACAAAGAACCCACCACUAAAUUUUUCACAAAACUGCCAAAAAAUCGAAUUCCUAGUGGAAGAGAAUACUCUCUCUAAAGAGAGUUUUCCACUUUCCUAAACUCCAGGAUUUAUAAAGCAAAUCACUCGAGGUUUCUAAAGCAGAUUACCUCUUGCCCUUGGGUGCUAUCUAGCAGUAAAAGAUAAAUUUGUUUAAGACUGGUAAUUAAAAGACUCCAUAUAACUCCAUUAACUGCUUUCCACCCAGCUUCUAAGCUUAACAAGAUCUCAGCCUUUUCCAGAAAGAUUCAGUAGGGCUAAUUAGAAAUCAGUUUGUAGUUGACCUCUUGUUUGAUGCUAUUAGUGAAACAGGAGGGGGAAAAAACAAUUAACCACUACAAGUUUAACUGUAUACCAACUCAUUUAAAAUAAGAGUUUCUCAUUAAAAUCCAAUGUUAUAUUCCCAUAUCUCUCUUUACUUUCAUAUAAAAUCUUCAAAACUCCUGAGUAAACCAGUAUCAUUACCGGCACCUGAGAUUAAUUUGUGAGUUUGCAACAGUACUCAGUUACCUUUAUGUAAUUUGUAUUCUAAAUGAAGAGAUGCAUCAAAGCCCUCCACAUCUCAAGUCUCAAGUAUGUGCUCUUAUGCCACUGCCUUUCAGAGAUGAUAUAGUUUUAGAGAUGAUAUAGUUUUGGAAAGACAAAAGAAAAAUAUAUUCUUUCAGAGAAAAUGUAUUUUGGAUACUAAAGUAGCUUAUGUCUCCUUUACUUGAAUGUAAGGGAGGAUUUGAAAAGAGGGUAUUUUUCCAAUCACAGUGUUUAUGUAAUAGUGUUCCUAUUUUUGUUUACAAACAUGGAAAACAGUAUUUCUGGCAGCUCUAGUACAAACGUGAUAACAUUUUGCUGAAAUAUUCUAAAUGCUGUUGUGCUAAUAUAGUAGUGGCUGAAUAAGAUCAAACAGCUUACUAUAGAAUUGUGCACAUUGCCAAAAUGACGUGAAAUGCUUGCCCUGUAUCCAUGUAUGAAUUAAUAAAGAGUAAUGAUAAGCAAAA